AUGGCUUUCAAAUCUGGACCCGGCUUCCAAGGGCACGCUUAUAUCAUCCUACAGGUCAUCCGCGCCUGCAACAUUGCGGUGCUCUUCGCCGUCAUAUUCACAUCGGGGCUCAUGAUGGCAUUUGCCAAGAUGCCCAACGGCUUCCAGUUCUUCGAUGACGUCUCCCACGCCUUCGUCGUGGCCGUCGCCGGUCUCCUGAUCUGGUCGGAGCUUCCGAUCGAGAAAGGCCAGGCACUGAUUAGAGGAUUUUGGCCGGUCCUCGGCCCAAAUCACGGCUUCACCUGGCUCGGAGUAUCCAUGAUCCUCAUGGGAAGCCACCUUCUCGGAGCACUCAGCGACGACACUUACACCAACGAACACGUUCCAUUCCAGAUCUGGCAGGUGAUCAUGGGCUCUGGCAUCAUCGCUAUCGCCUUCGGCGUUACGAACGUCGUCGCCUCCAUCAUCUUCAGGAACAGAAAGAAUAACUACAGCGCUCGCGAGGUCCGCGACCGCGGCGCAACCAACGAGAACGCCUAUUACGCCAAUGAGUAUGAUAGCUACCGCAGCAACUCAAUUCACAAGGAGAAGCCGUCUAUGAUCAAACGAAUAUCAACCAUGGCGGGGCUGGGCUCCAAGCCUAAGAUUAGCCACCCGAUCCCCCAAGACGUCGAGUCUGGUGCUGUCGGCGACGAGCACACGGCCGCCGAGGAUCGGGGGAGCCCGAUCGUCCCCGGCAUCCAGCGCCCUCCGACUGCGAUGCACCCAGCCUACAACCGCGAGUCGCGAUCGAGCCGAUACAGCGAAGCAAGCCACUUGAAGCGCUGGGGGGAGAUGAUAUAA